UUGGAAUGCAUAAUUAUGCCUGUACAUCAAUCGUAGAUCGUGAAUUUACCUCAUAUGCAUAGUCCAUAUUCGUGAAAAAACAGCGUUUUUCAUCAUGGAAUUUCCGGUUGGGCUUGGCCCUGCAUGAUUUACAUACUUUAGUUUUGGUGGUAUUUAUUUGAUUCUAAAUCAGAAUAUUUUAUUUGAAAGAGGUUUAGAAUAUUGUGAACAAGAGAGACACAUUUUAGGAUGAAACGUUUCAAAUGCGAAUGUUUCACUUCGUUUAAGGCGCUGACCACUUCACAUUCCCGUCUUCCUCCGACAUGCUGGUGUUUCUGCUUCAUUUCUCGCGCUAUGAGUGGCGCUGUUCAAAUCUUCAGUGCUGAAAUGCUCAGUGCACUCAGUUUCAGAUCGUGGACCCUUUUAAGCAUCUUAGACUCCUUUUACGUGUCCUUGCUCAUUUUGUCAAAACUUUUCAUUAAACGCGUUUGCAACGAUUAAGAUGAAAAUAAAGGCAUAAUUAACUAAGAAUGUGAUGGUGAUUGGUUGCACCUGUAAGUAGAUUGCAGUUAAUAGGUGGAAUGGUAUAUCCUGUAUGUUGCUCUGUUUCACUGAAAGAAAGAAAGAAAGAAAGAAAGAAAGAAAGAAAGAAAGAAAGAAAGAAAGAAAUUAAGAAAGAAAUUAAGAAAGAAAUUGUGACACUGGAACACUUAAGGCAAUUCUGGAAGGCCAGUUUUCGCGUACAGAGAGGAUAUGGGUUUUCUAAAGCAUUGCACUUUCCAGAUUCAUACACUGAGUGCCGCUAUUGGAUAACGGUUGUGUGAUCACAGAGGAACAUCGUCAUAGUCCCUCCUCCGGUCUCACACUGACGCUUUAUUUCUGUACUACAUUAGUGCUUCUUGUCUCGGCUGUGAACAGCCUUGAUCCGCUGCAGUUUCUGGUUCGUUUUUUUUUUUUUAAUCAACUGCACUUGUUAUUGUAACUGUCAUUGGAUGAUACGACGGCGUUCGGUGUGGAUUAUUUGCGUUCGCGUUUCUCUGCUCAGCAUCGUCGGAGAUCUACAAUGCAGUUAAAAUGGCAGACCGUGUUUUUCUGUCUGUGUUUUUACGGGAUGGACGUCGUAUUUUGCCAAGCGCGGUAUUCCAUCCCGGAGGAGAUGCCAGAGGGAUCCUUUGUGGGCAACAUCGCCAAGGAUUUGGGAAUCGAGAUAAGUAGACUGAUUUCAGGAAAAGCUCGAGUUGUAACAAAGGGCGGUCGCCAGUAUGUGGAACUGAGCAGAGACAAAGGCGCUCUGGUAGUGAAGGAGAGGAUAGACCGAGAGGAGCUCUGUAAGCAAACAACGCCCUGCAGCUUCAGCUUUGAUCUGAUCAUUGAGAACCCGAUUCAGCUUCAUCGCAUCACAGUUGAGGUGCAAGAUAUAAAUGAUAACUCUCCGAAAUUCCCUAAAUCUAAAAUUGACUUGACAAUUAGCGAAAAUACAGCAUCUGGGACGCGCUUUCCUUUAGACAGCGCUGUAGAUUUGGACGUAGGUAUUAAUGGAAUUCAAAACUAUGCGCUUAUGCCUACUGACAAUUUUAAGCUGGACGUUAACAACCGAGCCGAUGGCAAAAAAUACGUAGAAAUGGUUUUGCAGCGUGAACUGGAUCGAGAAGAACGGAACGAGCUAAAAUUAGUUCUGACAGCCUACGACGGAGGGUCACCGAAAAAAUCCAGCACAGCUCAAAUUCAUAUUUCUGUCUUAGACGUUAAUGAUAACACACCAGCAUGUAAACAGGCUCUAUAUAAAGCAGAAGUGAAAGAAAACUCCCCGAUCGGCUCUGUUUUAACCACAGUAAGCGCUGCUGAUGCUGAUGAAGGUGUAAAUGGAGAAGUGUCAUAUUCAUUUGCUCAAGCUAGUGAAGACGCAAGGCAUGUUUUCGACAUAAAUUCAGAAACAGGACAAAUUACAUUAUUAAACCGUUUAGAUUACGAGACAGAAAAGAGCUAUCAGCUAGACAUUAAGGCAAUGGAUAAAGGCACCCUGGCCGACACGUGUAAAGUGAUCAUAGACGUUGUGGAUGUGAACGAUAAUCCUCCCACCAUUCAGCUCAUGUCAUUUUCUAACACCAUCGCUGAGAAUUCUCCAGUAGGAACCACCGUAGCUGUUAUUAAUGUAGAGGACGCAGAUUCUGGUCAAAACGGAGUCGUGCAGUGCAAAAUAAAUGAACAUAUACCGUUUAAAAUAGAGUCAUCACUCACUGAUUACUAUGCACUGGUAACUGAUGAAAUUCUUGAUCGAGAAAAUAUUGCAGAAUAUAACAUCACCAUAUUGGUCAGCGAUCAGGGAAGUCCAGCUCUACACAGUAACAAAACUCUAACUGUUAAGAUUUCAGAUGUGAAUGAUAACGCACCCGUUUUCGGUUCUGAUCAGUUCAGAACCUUUAUUACUGAAAACAAUUCACCAGGUGUGGCUGUGCUGACCGUAAAAGCAGGCGAUGCUGACUGGGGCCCAAAUGCGCGAUUGUCGUAUUUCUUGGAGGACAGUGACGUAACGGGCAACCCAGUCAGUUCUUUGGUGUCCAUUAAUUCAGAUAGCGGAGUUAUACAUGCUGUGAGGUCAUUUGAUUAUGAACAGAUGAAGAGUUUGACUUUUAACGUGACAGCGCGAGACGGUGGAUCCCCUCCAUUAAGUUCUGAAGUUAUGGUGACGCUCAUUGUUCAAGACCAGAACGACAACGCUCCUCAGGUUCUGUACCCAGUACAGACUGGUGGCUCUGUGGUGGCUGAGAUUGUGCCUCGUUCAGCAGAUGUUGGCUAUCUGGUGACCAAAGUGGUGGCUGUUGAUGUGGACUCUGGACAGAAUGCCUGGCUCUCCUACAAACUCCAGAAAGCCACAGACAGGGCGCUGUUUGAAGUGGGCCCUCAGAAUGGAGAGAUACGGACUGUGCGCCAGGUCACUGAUAAAGAUGCAGUGAAACAGAAGCUCACUGUUGUUGUGGAGGAUAACGGACAGCCGUCUCGCUCAGCUGUAGUGAACAUCAAUGUAGCUGUAGCGGACAGUUUCCCUGAAGUGGUCUCGGAGUUCUCGGACUUUACGCUCAGCAAAGAAUACAACGAUAACCUGACUUUUUACUUAGUUUUAGCUCUGGCUGCUGUUUCUUUCCUGUUCAUCACUACUGUAGUAGUUAUAAUAUCAGUGAAGAUCUACAGAUGGAGACAGUCUCGUAUUUUCUAUCAGUCCAGUCUCCCAGUUAUUCCGUACUAUCCACCCGGUUACGCAGACACAGGAGUUACUGGAACUCUGCCGCACAUGUACAAUUAUGACGUCUGUAUGAAGACCAACUCGAGGAAAAGUGACUGUAAAUAUUCUACACUUGGUGGUCAGAGUGUUUUAGUGGUGGACCAGAGUUUCUCAGAGACUCUGCAGCGCGCGAUGAAGGAGAAGGAAUUCCUGGAAAAUGCAGAAUCUCCGGAAAUGAGGAAAAUCGUCAUAGUCCCUCCUCCGGUCUCACACUGA